AUGGCUUCCAUAUCAGAGGAGGAUCUCUCCUGUCCUGUCUGCCGUGAUAUCUUGAAGGAUCCUGUUCUCCUGUCAUGCAGCCACAGCUUCUGUAAAGACUGUGUUCAGAGAUGGUGGGGAGAGAAACAGAUGCAGGAGUGUCCAGUUUGUAUGAAGUGCUCAUCAAAGAGUCGAACGCCUCAUAACCUGGUAUUAAAGAACCUGUGUGAAACUUUCUUACUUGAGACAGAUCAGAGAGCCUCAGCAGAGUCAGAGCCUGUCUGCAGUCUGCACUCAGAUAAAUUCAAACUCUUCUGUCUGGACCAUCAGCAGCCAUUGUGUCUCGUCUGUCUGUAUUCAGAAACACACACAGGACACAGAUUCAAACCCAUCGAUGAAGCUGCAAAGGAUUAUAAAGAGGAGCUGCAGAAAUCCCUGAAGCCCUUACAGGAGAAACUGAAGCUCUUUGAACAAGUUAAAGGAAACUGUGAUCAAACAGCAGAACACAUUAAGGUCCAGGCCCGACACACAGAGAGGCAGAUUAAGGAGCAGUUUAAGAAGCUUCACCAGUUUCUAGAAGAGGAAGAGGAGGCCAGGAUCUCUGCUCUGAGGGAGGAAGAGGAGCAGAAGAGUCAGGUGAAGAUUGAUGCUCUGAGCAGAGAGAUAGCAGCUCUUUCAGACACAAUCAGAGCCACAGAGGAGGAGCUGAGAGCUGAACACGUCUCAUUCCUGCAGAACUACAAGGCUGCAGUGGAAAGAGUCCAGCAGCGCCCCCUGCUGGAGGAUCCACAGCUGCUCUCAGGAGCUCUGAUAGAUGUGGCCAAACACCUGGGCAACCUGACCUACAACAUCUGGAACAAGAUGAAGGAGAUGGUCUCCUACACUCCUGUGAUUCUGGAUCCAAACACUGCUCAUCCAGAACUCCUCCUGUCUGAAGAUCUGACCAGUUUGAGAUUUGGAGAGAAACAGAAGCUUCCUGAUAAUCCGGAGAGGUUUGAUCCUUUCCGUAUUGUUCUGGGCUCUGAGGGCUUUGACUCUGGGACUCACAGCUGGGAUGUUGAGGUUGGAGACAGCACAUGCUGGUUUCUGGGUGUGGCAGCAGAGUCUGUCAAGAGGAAAGGGUCACCACGAUCAAAAUUAUGGAGAAUAGGAUUCUAUAAAGGAAGCUAUAAAACUUUCCACCCAUCAUUCAAACCAAAGGUUCUCUCAAUACAGAAGAAGCUCCAGAGGAUCAAAGUUCAUCUGGACUGUGAAACAAGAAAACUGUCAUUCUCUGAUCCUGAUAUUGACACACAUAUAUUCACCUUCACACACACUUUCACUGGGAAGAUGUUUCCGUACUUCAGCAACAGAGACAAAAUACCAAUUACGGUUUUGCCAGAGGAGGAGAUCCAGAAUCACUCCUGUGAUUCUGGAUCCAAACCCUGCUCAUCCAACACUCCUCCUCUGAAGCUCCAGAAGAUCAAAAUUCAGAUGAACUGUAACACAGGAAAACUGUCAUUCUAUGAUCCUGACACACACAUAAUCACCCACACGUGCACCUUCACACACACUGAGAAGAUGUUUCCAUUCUUCAGCAACAGUGAUAAAAUACCAAUUAAGAUUUUGCCAGAGGAUGAUGACGAUGAUGAGGAUGAUGAUGAGUAUGAUGAGGAUGAAGAUGAUGAUGACAGCACCUAUGAAUACUAUUAUGAUUACUCUAGAAAACACGGCAUGCACGUGCAAAAAUGCAGAGAAGAAGAAGAGUUGAGCAGCAAACAGGCACAUAUGACCCCGUCAGCCUCCGGAGACCUUCAGAGCUCAGCUCCACUCGUCUCUUUCCCAGAGGUGUUGCGUUACUCCAGAGAGGUUCUCAAAACUGGAGGUCAGGACCCACAAAUGGCUCACAGCAACAGUGACGACUCCGACCAGGCCAGCACGCUGCAGGAGUUUCUCACCAGCACCGUGAAGUCAAAGCGUGUGGUCCGACCUCACACUAACAGGUCUGUGACCCAGUUUGGGUCCCCGGGCCGCAGUGUUAGAAACCGCUGCAGGACAGUUUGGAAGUUUGAAGUCUGUGGUGGACUGGGAGGACUGGGGACUCCCAGGACCCCCAGCACCUCACAGGACACUAAACUGGAGAUCUAA